AUUAGACUCCAUCAGUUGUCUUUUUUUCUUGAUUAACAUGCAUUUAGUUAAUAAUUUAAUGAAAGAAAAAUUUUACAUACUAUUUCAUUAAAUUUAAAUGUCUCCAGAAAGAUCUCAAUUUUUAGAAAUGAUUAAUUUGAGAUUUUUAGGAAACCCAGUUAUCAAAUGGGAAUUUCCUUAAUACGCAUUACAUAAGUUUGGAUUGAAAUUGUCAGGCGGGAUAAAAUGGAAGAGGAUACUAUUUCAAGGGACUCCCAUAUAAAAUACAAUUUGGAGAGUUAUCUACCCUAUAUCUGCGAAUGUGUGGACGUCAAGGAUCUACUACUUAACCUAGACUAUUUCACUGGCGAACAAAGACAGGAAAUAAAGCAAUUAGUUAGAGAAAAUCCAGUUCGUGCGACUCAAAAAGCAUUUAAAACGUUGAUGAACAAGGACUCACCGGGACUUUUUACAGCGUUAUUGCAGGCAUUGGAGGAAGAUUAUCCAAAAAUUGUCAAGCUUCUCUGUGGGGAAGUUGUUAAAUGUGAUGAAAACUAUAGAAGAAUUGUGAACUUGUUUGCUACAAUGGUCAUCAACGAGAUACAGCCACUAGAAUUGAUACUUUCUCUUAGAAAGUAUAAUGUUCUUACGGCGCUAGAGGCCGAGGAGACGGUAAAAGAUGAACAAAAUUACGGGAAAACUAGAGCUGCGUGGUACAUCAUUACAAAUAUACAUAGACAUGUAGAAGAUUGGUUCAAAUAUUUCCUUACAUCGCUGAUUGAGAAUAGCUGCGAACAUUUGGCCCAGAUAUUGGAUGACGACAUGGUUCAGAAAAUAAAAGCACAAGCAUCUUACAAUCCUGACAACGAAAACACUUAUGAAGAAAAACAAUGUAACGAUGUUAAAGAACAUAUUCAAAAUAUUCACCAUGACGUCUCUGUAGACACAAAGAUUAAAAACAUUCCUUUACCAGAAAAGGAUGGGUAUACUAAAUUACAAAACGUCAACAGCAAAGGGGACAUUGCAGAUGAUCAAAAUAAUUUAAAUACUGCUGAAAGCAACGUGAGUGAGAGCCACAUCACAUACUACAAUAAUUUAGAAGAAUUCGAUGAUGAUAUAACUGAGCUGAAGCAAAAAGCUGUACAAAAAGACGACAAGAAAGAGGUCCCUGUUGUAAAUAUGGACGAAGCAUCUACAAAUGAUUCUUCGGAUUCUGAUGAUGACUUAAACAUUAACGAUUUAGAUAUAGGACCAUCAGACAUAGACGUCUCUAGUUAUUACAGAGAAUGGAAUAUAACAACGGAUCAAGACGAGCUAACCAAUGUCGCCGAACAUGAAAUCAAGCUCCGUGGAUAUCAAAUGAAACUGGCAAAGCAAGGAUGUGAGGGAGAUAAUGUUAUAAUCAUGGCACCAACAAACUCCGGCAAAACUAAAGUUGCAUGCAAGAUUGUUCAUACAGUGUUAAGAAAUUGCGAAUACCAAGGAAAGAAGGGUAAAGCCGCCUUCAUUGUAGAGAGAGAAGAUCUAGCUAUUCAGCAAGGGAAAGUAUUUUGUGAAGAGCUGCCUGGUUAUCGUACCAAAGUUGUUACAGGUGAUGUCCAACAAAGCAGAGAUCAGUACCUUAAAGAUUUUAUAUCUAGGAGGGAUAUUUUCAUAGUUACAGCACAAGUUUUGUUGAAUUUUCUGAAUUCGAAAGAUGUUGGUAAAUUGAAUAUGUUUGACAUUAUCGUUUUCGACGAAUGUCAUCACGCCGAUAAAAAACAUCCAUACAAGAAAAUUAUGGACAACUAUUUUGAACAACGUCUGGGAAACGGUGAAACAGCUUUACCACAGAUAGUCGGUCUAACUGCUUCUAUUGGAGUUGGGGGCAAACUUGACAGAAACAAGGCGUUUGAGAAUAUGAAACUGAUAGCAGCUAAUUUGGACACGAAAGUGUUGUGUACUGUUGACAGUGAGGCCGAUAUUGCAGAAAUGAAAGCAUAUCUAAAUGAUCCAGAUGAAGAGUUUGUGGAAGUUGAAAGGAGAUCAUCAGAACGUUUCUAUGAAGAUAUUCUAGACGCACUGGAGAAGAUUGAUAAGUUCAUGACGAACAAUCCAAAUGUGGCACAGUUAGAAGGCGGCGAAAAGUUUAUGAAAACCGUCAGCAGAGUACCAACAAGCUCUGUUGGAACACCUCAGUUUCAGUCGUGGCUAAGUGACUUUAGAUACGGGCUUUCAGUUUUGAAAUCUGAUAAUGCUAGACAAAUACUAAGCCCAUGCCUAGAUUACAUAGACCAAUACCACAACGCAGUUUUGCUAUAUACAGAUGCAAGAAUAUGUGAUGCUUUGAACAGUUUAGGAAGUUUCGUGGACAAGCGUCGACAAUCAGAUCAUCACAAUGAAGCAGAUCAAUUUCUUAUGCAGCUUUUUGAUGAUUUGAGGUCAACGUCAUAUGGUGAUGAACCUGAAAACCCAAAGCUUCUUAAACUUAAAGAACUUGUACUUGGUACGAUUGGAGAUGACGAAAAUACACGAGGAAUCAUUUUCGUAAAGAGGAGAGAACUUGCAAAGAAUCUAAAGAAGUGGAUGCAUCAGACAGCAGAGUUAAAACAUCUCAAUGCAAAUGCGUUCCUUGGACAAGUUGUUUCACGCGGCGAAGGCGGUAUGACAAAGUGUAUACAAAAAGAUGUGUUGGCGCUUUUUAGAAACGGAAAGCAUAGACUAAUAAUAGCCACAACCGUUGCAGAAGAAGGCCUAGAUAUAGGGAACUGCAAUCUUGUCAUAAAAUACGAACACGUGACCAAUGAAAACGCAAGAGUUCAAUGCAAAGGUCGAUUACGUGCUCAAAAUAGCAAGUAUUAUGUAUUGACGGAGAAAGGAUCUAGCCUAAUUGAGAAAGAAGAGUACAACGCCAGAUGUGAAAAGUUAAUGGUGGAAUUGAUACCUUUUUUAAAGAAACAUAUGGAUCAUAACAGAAAUAGAUGGGAGGGUGAAAUCCUGCAGAUGCAAAGGUAUGCAAAAGAAGAAAGAGAAGCCCAAAGUAGACAGCGACGAUCUGUCCUUAUUGAUGACAAAGUUAACCUGCACUGUGGAAACUGCGGUACUUUUAUAUGCUCUUCAGAUGAUGUAAAGAAAAUAUGUGGUAUGCACCAUAUUGUCGUUAGAGAUAUUCGCGAGAAAAUCGUGUUGGCGCAAUCACUUCAACCAAAACAUGUUGACAAAACCAACGGAGUCAUUUUAGGUGGGAGCACAUUUUGUGCCAAUGAGAUGUGUGUCUACAAGUAUAAGAUAGGAGGAAUUGUUCAGUAUAGAAAGAUGGAAUUUCCUGUAUUGGCAAUAAAAAGCGUUUGCGUAAAAACUUGUAAUGGUGAAAUGUUGCCGUCAGCAAAGCAAUGGAGCAAGGUUGUCUUCAAAGUUGAAAGCAUUGACACGGCGGAAUUAGGUACAAUCAUUCAGCAAUGGUAUUUCAAUUGAAAUGGAUAUUAAAAAGGUCUUUCAUUUAAGCCUUGAUUUGCCCUUUUUAACGUUGGUUUGCUCUAACUUUAUUCGCUUUUGUUUUUUGUUUUGUUUUUUUAAUCUUUUGAAAAUGUACAUGCUAUUAUUCAAAGUUUAAUUAUGUAAAUGAUAAUGUUCUUGUUAGCAUCGCUAAUUAUUUAGUAUUCAUGUUUGAGAAUGGAAUGCAUACAAAUGGCCAGUCAUUUAUUAAGUUGAUUAAAACUAUCAAAAAUAAGCUUGAUUUUAAUUGGUGGUUUAAUAUUUUACAUGCUACAUAUCUACUAUAUUGCAUUGUCUAAUUGAUUUUAUAUAUGCUUACUUCUUUUAUUUUUGUAAAGAAUCUAUUUUUCACUCGUUUUUAUUUUAUUUCCAUACAAUCAUUAAUUUAAAUGUAUUUUACUAGAAUAAUUAUAGAUACUACAUGUAUAUAGUAAAUUAAAUACGAAUACCGUUGGUUCAUUAACAGAAAUGGCACAUUUUUUAUUGAAAAACCUGUGAUAGUUUUUAUCAUUUUUUGUGUCUUUCAUUUUAAUAGUGCUCGGUAUAUAAUCUGUGCGUGUCUUGUAACAAUGCUGCUAUUUUACAGCUUUUACAAAUAAAUAUGACUGGAGGAUAAUUUGUUUUUGUUGUGGUUUCACGAAGAGACGUUUAAGUUUGUUAUGUUGCAUUUUAUUUUUAUUGUGUAGCAUAAAAGCAUCAUCCACAAUGUUUAUAAUUAUGUACAGUCCAAAGAUAAGAAGUUAUCUUCAUUCGAUCAAUAACCCAACAUGAUAACUUGUCAAUACAAAUAAAUGUUUGAGAAAUUAAUAUACAACUGAUAUUGUAUGUUUUCAUUAAAACCUUUUCACGUUUUCAUUUUGACUAUCGUUUGUUUGACGCAACGCUGAUUUUAUCACUUUUUUGUCAAAUAUAUUUUGGGAUUACGUAAAGAAACAUCAAGUUCUUUCUUAAUAGACAACCAAAUUAUAUGUACUUUCUAUCAGAAUAUAAAGAAAUUCAAUUAAAGAGCCCUUAAUUUUUUACUUAAAUUCGUCUGGUUAUUUAAAAAUAAAUUAAGGGAUCCGUUUAUUCAAACCAAGUCUAACACAAUAAAUGGUACAUCUAAACUUCAAUAUUACACAAAAUCUUAACAUUCUUUUUGUUAUGAAAACUACUUAAAUGUAAUU